AUGUUACUUGUCAGUCGGAAACUGCUGUGUCUUGCAGCUCUGCUUUGCAAUGGAUUGGAUCAGGCUGUGGCAGCACCCCACAUGGGUCAUGUCGAGCGACGACUUGCGAGCAAUAAUCAGACCGCUGCCAGCAUAAUAGAAUCAAGUGGUACGACUGUGCCAGACUCCAACCCAUCAUCCACAUCAAUCGAGUCUACCAGUAUAACUGAAGACGGGGUCGUGACUGCACGGCUCUCGGUUGCCUCUGUCUCAACAUCCAGCACCGUUUCGACCUCCUCAGGUCAGGGAUUUGCGCUUCACGGCGGAUUGGGAUCCAUCACCACAGUUGCAAGGCCAACCACUUUCACACUGGGAUUAGGCACGGCCGCCACGACAUCUCAGAGUAGUAGCCAGACUUCGAGAGAAACCUCGGCAACCUCGUCAGAAACUUUGAGGGAAACCUCAACAGCUUCGUCAGAAACCUCGAGUGUUGCUACAAGCUCCGACUCUUCCACGUCAAGUGCAGCGUCCCUUGACCCUUAUCCGAUAUCAUACAUCAAUGCCAGCAGCACAACUGUCCCUUCAAUUACAUUACCAAUCAACAGCACGGUUUAUGAACUGGGCUGGAAUUCGACAGCAACCAUCAGUGGAGAGCCAACCAUAAUCACGACUGAGCCGCCGCUCAUCACCACCUCCUAUGAUGUUUUGACACUCUCUACACCCACAGAUGAACAGACGGUGGAUUCCUGCGAUGUCACAACCAACAGCAAUACUGUGACUGUAUGGUCGACCAUUUACACAACCACCAUUACGUGGACAUUGCCGCCAGAACAGUAUACGCCACCGUAUCCAACCACCACUAGCACACCCAUAAUUUGUGCAGAUACAACUGGCCGCUUUUCUGUGUCCAAAUGCGAAGGCUCAGCUUGCACGCAACUAUCAUAUCCCGUGGGUGCGACGAGUGUCCCUCACGUCGACCCGACUGCUACCAAAGGAACAACAACUGUUGCUGCAAGCAACUCUGGAGGGAGAGCAGGUGAAGCGACUAUUACUUUUUACACAACAGACAAGAACCCGGCAGUUGUGUACUCAUCCCGAGCACCUCCAGAUUAUGGCGAUGACGGAACAACUCAGGUUCAGGACCACAAUACGCCAGACAAUAAUGAUGCUGCCACCGAUGUCCCGCAAUACGAAAAGGGAACCACGACUGUCAUAGAUGCUGGAGCUACUGGUGGCAGUGGUGCUGCUGCCCCAGGAGGGAAUGGCGGCGCUGGCAAUGGCGGUGCUGGCAACGGCGGUGCUGCACCGACGUCCCCAGCACCUGUCCAGCAACCGCCAUCCCCUACAAGUACAGCCAUAACCGUCAUUAUUCAGACAACGCAAGUCAUCAUUAAUGAUCAAACUUUUACCGACAGUCCCCAGAGCAAGACUGAGACCGUCGUGGUUGGUACCGAUACCUUUGUCAUCAACCCAAGCGAGGUUAUCGGUGCUGGCGCCACAGUGGCAAGACCAGCUCUGGGAGGAGUCUUUAUGACCACGGCCACGACCACUACAAUCGCCGGAGUGCAAGUUGUAUAUACUCCAGUGGGAAGCGCAGCAGCCAAUGGAGGUUCUACAGCCGCCGUGGCUACAAUCGAUGGCACAGUCUUCACGCUGGGUCCAACAACAUCGACCGCCGUGGUCAAGGGUCAGACCAUUACGCUCGGUCCUGGCGGCAUCGCCUUUGCCAGCCAAACUAUUCCGAUCGUGACAGCGGCAGGAGGAGCUACAGAAUCUGCUGUGCUCGGCGGCGAGAUGAUUACAGCGAUUGGAAAUUCGGUCGUGGUCGUUCACGGCACAACGAUCACUUAUGGGCCAGACACGAGCCCCAUCACACAAGUCAUAGAUGGUGAUACCGUGGUGAUUGGGCCAUCUGGUGUCACUGUACAUGGCAUAACAUUCGGAGGCCCGACUGCCGCGCUGACCGCAACAACAUACGAGAUUGUGGGCGGAGCUACCAUCACCGAAAUUGGCGGCAGUGCCGUUGUCAUUGAAGGCACGACAUAUCUCAUCGGUGCUGGCGCUGCUACGGCAAUAACGACUGUGGUUGAUGGCCAAACCCUGACUAUUGGCCCCAGCGGUGUAGCCAUGUCUUCAUACACGUUUGCACAGCCAUAUGCCACGAGCACCGUGAUUGAACCGGGUGGCACGUCAUCGGUAGCGGCAGCGACCACGACUGCAGAGAGUAUGGGCUCCCAAUCACGGCCCAAUUGGAGUACGGGAAUAAUCGGAAUGUGCAUAGCGAUCGGCGUUGGUUUUGUUGGGGGUUUGAUUUUAUGA